UUUCUGUUAUUGGUCUCCUAUAUAAGGAGUCAUUUGGCCUCGGUUUUAAGAACGAAAAAUACUUCCUCUCUACAUUCUGAUUUGUUCUCUAUUGUCAGAAACAGAUUGCUCUUCGAGAAUUAUCCCCGCAAAGAUUUCGUGAACCCAGACAAGAAUAGGGUCGAAAUACUUUGUUCGGAAAGUGAACGAACAUGAUUCUUCGAAGAUAUCCAGGAUUAUCAUACCGUAUUUCUAACAAACGAACAAAGUAUUUUUUCUGAUAAUCAUGGCUGGAGGAGGAAACACCGUCAAGGAGAUGACUAAAAGUUUCGGAAAAUUGGACAAGUUUCAAGGACAAGACUUCAGGCGUUGGCAGAAGAAGAUGCAUUUCAUGUUGACAACGUUGAAGGUGGUGCACAUCCUGUCUACACCGAUUCCAGAAAUUGGGGAGGAUGACACGGUUGAAAAUCUGAGACGCCGAUCAAAGUGGGAGAACGACGAUUACAUAUGCAGAGGGCACAUUCUUAACGGUAUGUCUGAUCCCUUAUUUGAUAUUUACCAAAAUGUGGAAUCUACAAAGGAAUUGUGGGAUUGUCUCGAAGCCAAGUACAUGGCAGAGGACUCAUCCAGUAAAAAGUUCCUGGUGACCGAUUUCAACAAUUACAAAAUGGUUGAAUCGAGGUCUGUCAUGGAACAAUUCCAUGAACUCCUCUGA